GGCUAGGGUUUUGGAUUGGAAGUUUGAAGAGUAAAAAUGGAGGAUAGGGCAAUGCCUUCAACAGCUUCCGCAUACCUUAAUCCUUGCUACUGGGAUGAGAGGUUUUCGAAGGAGGAGCAAUAUGAGUGGUUCAAGGAUUAUUCCCAUUUUCGCCACCUCAUUCAACCCCAUCUCACGCCCCAUUCUUCUGUGUUGGAGCUUGGAUGUGGAAACUCACAAAUGUGUGAACAGUUGCAUAAUGAUGGCACAACCAACAUAACUUGCAUUGACCUUUCACCUGUUGCAGUUCACAACAUGCAGAAACGGUUACUGUCCCGGGGAUUCAAAGGCAUAAAAGUGCAGCAAGCUGAUAUGCUAGAGCUACCUUUUGAGGAUGAGUGUUUUGAUUUGGUUAUUGAGAAAGGAACUAUGGAUGUAUUGUUCGUAGACAGUGGUGACCCGUGGAAUCCAAAGCCUGAAACUAUAUCCAAGGUCAUGGCCACCUUGAAAGGUGUUCACAGGGUUUUGAAAGCUGAUGGCACAUUUAUCUCAAUAACUUUUGGCCAGCCACAUUUCAGGCGCCCUAUAUUUAAUGCACCGGAUUUCAGUUGGUCUGUUGAGUGGACUACUUUUGGUGAAACCUUUCACUAUUUUGUCUAUGUUCUGAAGAAGGGACAGAGGUCAUCAUACGAGGAUAUACCACCUUUUAAGAAAUUUGAAGCGUCACCUAUGAAUCUACUUCAUGAAGAGUUAGAAAGUGAAGAUUUUGCUUUCAGAAUCAAUGUUGACGAGUUGAACUUUUAG